AUGACCACCCCCCACGCACGCCCAGACACCGAAGCAAUCCCCUACCAAGGCGAGCCCCUCCCACACGUCGCCUCGGAUCUCAUAAUCCCCAACGUGCUAUCCUUCGACUGCGACGAGAAGCUCUGGGUCCCACAGGCCCCCAACGUCUGGUUUCGUCCGCUUGUGCUCUGCGUUUCCCAGGGCUAUUUCGUCAACAUCCUACGAGUGCGUCGCUCGGGUAUUCUUUCACGACAUCGUCAUUCUGGUCCUGUACAUGCGACGACGCUGCGGGGAAAAUGGCAUUAUCUGGAGCAUGAUUUGGAGCCAUUGCGUUUUGAGCCGCCGGGGGAUAUCCAUACAUUAGAAGUGCCGGAAGGAGUGGAGGAGAUGAUUACGCUGUUUCAUGUUACGGGUGCUUAUAUUUAUGUUGAUCCUGCUGGUAAUCCGGUGGGGGUGGAGGAUGUUUUCUCGAAGCUUUCGAGCGCAAAAGCUCAUUAUGAAAAGGUUGGGUUGGGCGCAGAUUUUGUCGAUCAGUUUGUGAGGUGA